GGGCUGGCGGCCACAGUGACGCUGAUCCCCGCCUUCAAGGACCACUUCAUCGCGGCCAAGCUCUUCGGCCUCGACCUGAACAAAACCUCCAGGCAGCCCGUCCCUGAAUCCCAAGGUGUGAUCAGUGGAGCAGUGUUUUUGAUCAUCCUUUUCUGCUUCAUUCCUGUGCCCUUUCUGAGCUGUUUUGUAGAGGAGCAAUGCAAGGUAUUUCCUUACCAUGAGUUUGUGGAGCUCAUCGGUUCCCUGCUUGCCAUCUGCUGUAUGAUUUUCCUGGGCUUUGCGGAUGAUGUUUUGAACCUGCGUUGGCGACACAAGCUGCUACUUCCCACCAUGGCCUCCCUUCCUCUCCUAAUGGUUUACUUCACCAACUUUGGGAACACGACAAUUGUGGUGCCAAAGCCCUUCCGGGUACUGCUGGGUCUGCACUUGGACCUGGGUAUCCUGUAUUAUGUGUACAUGGGCAUGCUCGCAGUCUUUUGCACCAAUGCCAUCAACAUUCUCGCUGGAAUUAAUGGGCUUGAGGCAGGACAGUCUUUGGUGAUUGCUGCCUCCAUCAUCGUUUUCAACAUCGUUGAAUUAAAUGGAGAUUACCAGGAUGAUCAUAUUUUUUCUCUCUACUUCAUGAUUCCCUUUUUUUUCACCACUCUGGGGCUGCUUUAUCACAACUGGUACCCGUCCCGUGUUUUUGUGGGGGACACAUUCUGCUAUUUUGCUGGAAUGACCUUUGCUGUGGUAGGGAUCCUUGGGCACUUCAGCAAGACAAUGCUGCUCUUCUUCCUCCCACAAGUGCUCAACUUCCUGUAUUCACUACCUCAGCUGUUUCACAUCAUUCCUUGCCCCCGACAUCGGCUGCCCAGGUUAAAUCCUGCUACAGGGAAACUGGAAAUGAGCUACUCCAAAUUUAAAACCAAGAGUCUCUCAACCCUGGGAGCAUGCAUUCUGAAGGUAUCAGAGAGCUUGCGCGUUGUAGAUGUAAGACGGGGAGUGGAUGAAGAUGGAGAAUACACAGAAUGCAACAACAUGACUAUCAUUAACUUUGUUAUAAAGCUCAUUGGACCAACCCCAGAGCAAACACUCACCAUCCUGCUGCUACUCAUCCAGAUUCUGGGAAGCACAAUUGCAUUUCUGAUCAGAUACCAGCUAGUGCGCUUAUUCUAUGAUGUCUGACAGAUGUCAGGAGAAAGGGAAAUGCCAGCUCCUCUUAAUCAGUCCCUUAUUUUCUCUGGUUCUGAUCCAGAUGGCUGAAAUGGUCCUGUGUUGGCCCUGGACAUCUCAGGACUGCCUUCCAGAUGCUAGGAAAGACUCUGGGACACAAAUCUAAUUAUUUUUUUUUGUUUGUUUCCGCCUUGGUUGGAA